AUGUCGCAUGUCCAACCCCACUCGAGAGAUGACUUCGAGGUGGCGAUCAUCUGCGCCUUACGCACCGAGUCGGACGCGGUCGAAGCUUUAUUUGAUUAUUUUUGGGAAGAAGAGAUCGAAUAUAAAAAGGCCAAGGGCGACUCGAACUCCUACACGCUCGGCCGCAUCGGCCGGCAUAAUGUCGUCCUGGCGUAUAUGCCAGAAAUGGGAAAAGCAGCCUCGGCGACGGUGGCGGGGAGCUUUCGAGCCAGCUUCCCGUCUAUUCGGCUCGGAUUGAUAGUCGGGGUCUGUGGAGGAGUCCCUCGAGACGAGAAGGAAAAUUCGGAUAUCGUCUUGGGGGACGUCAUCAUCAGCACAGGCGUGGUUCAAUUCGACCUCGGCCGUCAAUUGCCCGACCGAGUCGUCCGCAAAGACACCCUCGAGGACAAUCUAGGACGACCAAACCUCGAACUUCGCGGAUUUCUGCACAAGAUCCAGGGAUGGCGUGGGCGCAUGGAGAUGAGGAGUCGGACUACCGAGUAUCUUGGCGAGAUUUGUAGCAAGCCCGGCUUUGAAGAGUGGAAAUAUCCAGGAAUGCAACACGAUCAUCUAUUUCCCGCGACCUACCGCCACAAGCAUCACGUUCCCAGCGAAUGUACAACAUGCGAUAAGUGCCUCGGCGAUGCCGAUGUUGUCUGCGACGAUGCGCUCUCGUCAGACUGCACACUGCUUCAAUGCGAUCUGAAGAGAGUGAUCCUGAGAGAACGAAGUGGAGCACUUCAAGCUAGCGAUGAAAGCAUGGGGCAGGCGACGUUGGCCGUAACGCCCAUAAUUCAUUUUGGUAGGGUAGCCUCAGGAGACCUUUUGAUGAAAUCGGCUAGUCGCCGUGACGAACUCGCAACCCGGGAGAAAAUAAUUGGCUUUGAGAUGGAGGCCGCUGGAGCAUGGGACACCUUCCCUACCGUGAUAAUUAAGGGUGUCUGCGACUACGCUGAUAGCCACAAAAACAAGAAGUGGCAGAAGUAUGCUGCUGUCGCCGCGGCCGCUUGCACGAAAGCAUUUCUCCGGCAGUGGCGCGGUGUCGAAAAGAAUAUAGACACGACCCGAGACUAUCCAAGACAAUCACACGGCGGAACAUCCCCAAAUAUACGACAGGGCGGGUCUGGAUUCCACGGACCGACGGUGGUAUUUGGAGGAACGGUGUUUCAAGGUAAUUAUGCUGGGAUCUAG